UUUCCGCUGAGCGCAGGGGGCGGAGCGGCGGCGGCGGCAGCAGCGUCCCCGGCCGGAGCUGCCCUGCCGGGACCGGCACCGGGACCAGGGGAGCCGCGGAGCCGCGGGGCGGCCGCGCCGCCGAGCGGGCUGAGGGCGGCUCCGGGCUGGGUGGCGCGCCCCCGGGCACGGCGGCUCCUCGCUCCCCUCAGCGGGGUGAGGGCGCCCCCCGGCGGCGGGGCGCUCCCGCUUCUCCUCGUCCUCCUCCUCCUCGGGGCUGAGGCCGGGCCGGGGCACGGCACCAUGCGGCCCCCGCUCUCCCCGCGCCUCUCCGCCUGACGGAGCCUCCCGGCCGGCCCUGCCCUGCCCUGCCCUGGCGUGCAGCCGGCGCUCCGCUAGGCGCCGGCUGGAGCUCGCAGCCCGCUCCCUCGGCACCCCGGCGGCACCGGCACCAUGAGGAACGGAGAAGACCUGGAGGGCUUCGAUGGCGAGGCGUCCAGCACCUCCAUGAUCUCGGGGGCCAGCAGUCCCUACCAGCCCACCACCGAGCCCGUCAGCCAGCGCCGAGGGCUGGGCGGCCUCCGCUGCGACCUGGACUACCUGCGGGGCACCUUCGGCAGGAUCAAGCUGGCUGAGGUGGUUUUGGCACUGAUUGCAUUCAUCUGCAUAGAGACCAUCAUGGAAUGCUCCCCUUGCGAAGGCCUUUAUUUCUUCGAGUUUGUGAGCUGUAGUGCAUUGGUGGUUACUGGAGUUCUGUUGCUAAUGUUCAGUCUAAAUCUUCACACAAGAAUACCACAGAUCAACUGGAAUCUUACUGAUCUGGUCAACACUGGACUCAGCACUUUCUUCUUUUUCAUUGCCUCUGUAGUACUUGCUGCUUUAAACCAUAAAACUGGAGCAGAAAUUGCUGCUGUGAUAUUUGGUUUCUUGGCAAUGGCAGUGUAUGCUGUGAACACAUAUUUAGCUAUUAAAAAGUGGCGAAUGAACAGCAGACAACAAAACAGUCGUCAGACCAGUGAUUACAUACGUGCUCGGACAGAAUCCAGAGAAGUAGAUCAUCGCCCUGAGAUUCAGCGUCUGGAUGCAUGAAAGCAAUAUUCAAAUUGGACUGCAAAGGGAAAAGAAGUGCUUAACUCCCUCAUGGAAUAGCGUUUUUUGUUUAUUUAAGGAAAGGAAGAUCAGAUGGUGGCAAAGAACGUCGAGCCCUGCAUAUGUGCAUAGAUGCAUUGAGUCAGAAACUGUUGUCAUGAAAGCAGUAAAUGUUGGUCAUUCAAAAGCAAGAGCCAUUUAUGACAUCCACAUAUAUAUAUACAUAUAUAUAAAAUAUAUAAUAUAUAUAUAUAUGUUGCGAACUACAUUAAUGUAUUGGAUUAACUGCACAAAACUUUUCUUCCCUCUCCUAAAUGCAAGCUCUGGAUACACAUGUUCUGUCACUGUAUCUUCGUCUGUCAUAAACACUAAGACCAGCACCAUCUUGUUUGUUUAAUACAAGGAAGAAAUCCACCAGAAGAAAAAUUCAUAGAUGUGAAAAGGAAGUGAGGGGCAGAUAGCAAUAACUUCAGUCAUGUAUCGUGUCCAGCAACUCUGUGUCCUUCCUUGUGCAGCCUUGGUGGUGCAGUUCAAUUCUCACCUGCAAGAUCUCACGCAGUUUCAUUGGUGGUUCACUCACAGCUGAAAUAGAUCAUGUCUUUGAUUUGAUGGAUUUAAUGUUGAGGUAGUUGUCUUUGGAUUACUCCGAAAUCACAACAUUUAGUUCGUGCAUGACCUUGGUUGGAUCUGAACUUAUGCAAGAUUAGCAUGUUUACUGAAUUGUCACCAUACCGUAAUGCUUCCAGUGCAAGUACAUGGGGUUUCUGUUAAUGUUGGGAUACAUGUUAUUUCUCUUUCCAAAAUGGGGAAAAUGGGCAGGGUAGAGAAGGGGGAGGCAGAGGGGCACAGUAAUGAAGGGGAGAAAGAAUGAAUUGUCAUUCAGUAAACUUGCAUUCCAGUCUUUUUUUUUUUUUUUUUUCUUUUAAGGUUCAACCUUUCUGAGAAGCCUAGGGUAAGCAAGAAAUAGCAAAAAAUUCUUGUACUUAGAAUGUAAUCUUAGGAACACUUUAUUACGAUUCAUCUAAUAACAUAUUUUCCUUGUUCAGAGGGUUAUUUGCUUCUUCUAAAAACUGUUGGUAGUAAGCAAAACUUUUUUUUUUUUUUUUAAUUGGGUAUGUCUGCAAAAGGCUUUUCUAGUAUUUGUUGCUAUAUUUAAGAAUGGUUUUACCUAACUGAAGUUUUCUUAAUUGUACUUCCAGUGAAGACAAGGGUAUUUUCUCUAAUCAAAACUUAAAUUCUGCAUUAAUCAGUUUCAUAAUGGUAAAACAAAGAAGUCCCUCAGCAUUUUUCUGGUUUUAUGGCUGGUGUUUUUAUCUGUGUAAUCUAUUAUUUGGCAUAUGGAUGCCUGCAUGUUAUAUGAAGAAAUGUUGCAGGGGAAAGUUCUCUAGAGCUGAAUUCCUUCUGGGUGUAAGCUAAUGUAGUUGAAAUUAGUGGAACUACACAUAUGCCUGAAUUUAUCUCACAUGUGACUUUAAUGCAUUUUGUGUUGCUUUCAGUUAGCUGUACUCUUAAGUAGCUGAAUGCAGUUAACUGGAACUUUAAGAACAAAAAGCAAUGCACUGCAGACAGGUGAUUUCUAAAUACUAAAACCAGGUUAUUGCCAAACAGAAGAUCAAUAUAAGUGCCUGGAAUUUUUCAAUACUUCAGGAAACUGAGGGAGUUCCAGAUUUGAACCUUACACUGCAAUGUUUGAAUCAAGCAGCAGGAAAUUAUCUUUAACAUGUGGAAAACUGGUUAAAAGCAAAACAAAACACAACAACAACAAGAACCUGAUCUCUUCUCAUUUGUGAUUUUUCUGAUGUCUACAGUGCAUUUCACCUGAGUUGUUAAGACUGAGAUUAAAACUAAGAAAGAGAUACUAAUGAGGUUAAAGAAAACUUGCCUUAAUAACUAGAAAUGGUUUGCCAGUUACUGUAUUAUUAACAUCUUACUGUGCUUCAUUGAAAGUUAAUACCAAAGGCAACGCCAGUUUAAAAAAGGGAUCAAACCAUAGAAGCUAAUCUCUUGUUGGGUUUACAGCAUAGACGUUUAAUUAAGGUGGUGUGUCACCAGGAUUAAUGGGUGUUUCAUGAAAAGAAAAUGACAGCUCAGUGUUCACCCUUGCAUGAAAUAAUUAAAUUACUGAAGCCAGCAUAGUUGCUUUAGCCCUGUUGUUUUUCAGCACUCUAAAAGUAGCACAAGUGUAUCUUAUCUAGACUGGAAUAGUAAACCAGCAUUAAAGUAGUUUGCAUAAGUAUCACUUUAAAAUAAUAAUACAAAAAAAAAAAAGCCUUACUCACAUACAGAAUAUUGUCCUGCAGAAGAUCCAUGCUUUUGGAGUGGUACCCACAUCUGAAGUCAAGAAACAGAAGUUAGGUCUUAGGUAACAAGUUCUGUCUUACGAAAAGUGUAGGCUUUCCAUUGAGUAUAUCCUGAUGCUGGUUAGUGAAAGGAUUGAAAUGGUGUGUAUGAAAGAGAAUGCCUUUUUUUCUCUUCUGUAGUACCUGUGCUGAUUCAGUUCAUCUGACUUCUCGGAAAUAUGGGAGGUCUCAUGCAUCUACAAGCUUAUGGCUUUAUCAUCUUCCAAAUCCUUACACCUUUCCGUACCUAGACUAAAGAUAACUUCACAGAGCUUUUUCUGGAGUGAGAUCAUGAAAAGCUUUUGUUAUCUUUUAGCUGGAAUGACAAAUGCUUACUUAGUAUGAAUGAUGGUUAUAUUUCUAAUAUCAUAUAAUACUUCAUCCUGUAGUAUAGUAUAGCUGUAUGACCUCGAGUACUUUUACACGUGAAAUAAGUUUUCUUGAGUUGAGAACGAUAUGCCAUUAUUUAUUACUUACAUCAAUAAUGACUUGAGCUUAGCACAGCUUUCAGGAUAGAACUCAAAGAGAAUAUGAGUUAAAAAAAAAAAUAAUACUAUCUGAUACAGUUGGAAAACAGGAAAACAAAUGAAAAUUUGUCAUUUCCUUAUUUUGGGGACCAAAGAUGAUUUUAGUAUUGUACAGUAUACACUUUCUAAAAGUCUAAGUUAAGCAUUUAUUACUCCACAGAGACAUUAUUUACUGAUUGGGUUAUAGAAUAAGGAGAUAAAGUGGCUAUGAGAUGGACAACUGAAAUUGAAGCAUUAAGAUCAUAUGAUGCAUAAGUGGUUGACUUUUUUUUUUUUUCUUUUUCCCCCAGACAAUUUUAUAUAAUGUUUUGAAGAGAUGGUAAUGUUUUAUUAAGACUGUUAUCAGAACUGCAGUCAUCAUAAAAGGGAAAAAAAUCUCUUAAGGGAUAAAAUUGGGGUAGAAAAGUUUCUUAAAAAAAAAAAAAAAUGUUUAGAAAAAUUGCUUCUUCCAGCCAACUAAUCUUAUUUGAAAGCAUAUAGGGUUAAUUUUUCCUGAGCAUACAGAGUUAAUUUUCCCUUUAGUCUUAAAGAGUGCUGUUUAGCUCCACAAAGGGACCCCAAAACCACUAUAAAUAAAACUAAAUGAAAGCUAAACAGUUGAAACUUCUAGGAAUGGGAUGCUUGAAACUGUAAUGGCAUUCUGAUUAAUCCUCUUAAGUCAAAACUAAGCCCUCAGAUGUGCAAUCUCCAUGUAUUUCUGCAUGUAGAAAUGAGGGCAAGUUUUGCAAGCUAUGCACAGACAUUGAAAUAUCCAUUAAACAAUAGGAAAUGAUUGGAGCAACAGCAUAGUAAAUGUUGUAUAGUGUUUUAAGAGUCGGUAUCUUCCUUUUAAUGCUAUGGUCAGUUUGGUAAGCCUUAGCUGAAGUUUGUUAUACAUACAUGUAAUGAUGUGCAAACUGCCUACGAUAGAAGUAGGUUUCUAAAACCAUAAUUAGGGACUGAUUUGACAGCUUAAUUGUUCCUUAGUAAAGUUGAUUCCUUUUUACUCUCUGCUUGUUCCUUUCAUUUCAUAAAUUAAUGCCUCAUCUGUCUUACGUUUUAAUGUUUAGUUUUUAAAGCCUUCUUCGUUAUCUGUACAGUGCCUGCUUCACUAUAAGGAAGUCAAGAAUAGCAUGUCUGAUAUCCUUUUGCUUAAGUAUGUACUCUUUCUUCCCUUUUGUGAUAGCUUAUGUUAUUUGGGCUGGAUAUGCUGGGAGAAUUUUUAUUUUUUCCCAUGGACUUCUGAAGCUAGCUGGUAUAGUAUUUGUUUCUUCUAGGCUUUCUGUUAGGAGCCACAUGCUCAGAGAUUGAGAGGACUAGAGAUUCAUCUACCUCUGCCUUUUUUUUUUAAGAGACAAGGUGCUGACCCUCGAGAUUUGAUGCCUAUAUUUCAGUCUGUGCUGUUCAUCAUUGGCUUUAUAUUCAGAAGCCUGGCACCAGCAAUGAGCCAUGCUUGGGAAGCAGCUUGCUGUCUUCAGCUUAUAAGAUAUAUCUUAGGUGUGAACUUAAAAUUAAAUCGGUAACAUGGGGUGCUUCUUCAUAGGCUUUGUCCUGUGUUUCACUGUGCAUCUUAUGAUAUGAUCUAGAAUUGCUUUAUUGUAUACUUUUGUUUUCUUGUUGAGUUUAGAAAGAAGAGGGGAAAACUGGGGAAAACUUCCAAGUUUUUAAUUAUUAUGAUUAUUUUUCCACAAAUUACUUUGUACCAUAUAAUAAUUAUCCCUUCCUAAUGCAGCAGAUUUACUGGUUCUUAGAGUGUUGCGGACCACAGCAGGAAAAUUGAUCUGCUACAAGCUGCAUGUGGACUAUGAAUUAACCACUAGUUUUCCAUAAAUGUUAAGGUUCCAAAAUAAAUGUUAUAUUUGCCGCCUUUGUGCUGUUUUGGGAGUUUGCAGAUACAGCAAAUGCUUAUGUAAUAUAUGGCUUUAUUAAUGCAACCUUUCCCCCUUCACCUUGAUCCUUGUUCUGUAUCUGUUAUUUUCUUGUCCCGUGACACCUUUAUAAGCAUUUCUACCUGUGUUUUUUUUUUUUUUUUUUUUUUUUCCUCUCGUGGUGGUGUUUUUAAGGUAUAAUUUCACCCCCCAAAAAAGUUAAUAGCAAUUCAAAUAAGGUAGAAAAUAAUAUACUCACUAGUACUCAGAUGAGAUACUGAGCAGCUUUGUGCAUGAAAAUCAGAGCAUAAAUGACAAAUCUUAUGCUGAAGGCUCUGGAGCCAAGCAUCUUCAGCAGAUACUUAGGAAAGAUAAAUGUAGGCUCGUUUACAUUAUGAAUAUGAAACGUAGUAAAGGAUGGGAAAGAGAAAGAAAACCAAACCUGAUGCUUAGUAAUUUGGCGUUUUCAAAAUGUGUGAAUGUGAAGAAUCCUCAACUGCAGAAGGAAAGUUAUCGUCUGCACUUCUUAGAGAAGGAUACAGAGACACUUUGACCUGAUGAUAAAAGUAGGUGUAGAAAUGUUUCUGUGUUCCUAAUCCUGGGGCCAGGCUGCUUGUAUAUUAUGGUUGGAGAGAUUCUACGCCCAUAUUGUUAAUGGUGUAUUAAAACCUGAGGUAUGUUGACAAAGCAGUGUGAUUACCAAAUGACUUCUACUCAGCUCAAGUGUCGUGGUUGGUUCACAAAGAUCUGCAGGAUCUAGAAGCUUGCAUCAGGAGGGAUGCAUCUGGAAGAAAGGAUUUUUUCAGACUGGGAUUUCUGCUUAGUCCCACUGAGAUAAGUAAAGCGAUCAAAUAGCAUUUCUGAAACUGGGUGCUUAGUUUGCUGUUUAUGGGAUAAAAUAAUAGAUUGUUUGUAGGGCCUUUUAGCCAACAAAGAUGAAAAAGACCGUGAAGAUACAGAUAUCAUAUAUUUGAAAUUUAAUGACAACAAAAGUAAUCAUUUUACUAUGAAACUGAAAUGGGGAAAAAAAGAUCCAAGCAGCAGAAUGUUAUACUUUUUGCCUAGAAUUUUUUUUUAUUUUUUAUUUUUUUUUUGAAAAAAGUGUAGGGAUUGUCAUAUUCUUCUCUUUAUUUUAACAGAAGGAGUUGAUUAAAAAUGAAUUCAUACAAAUAUUCAGGAAUUCUCUAAGUUCUCUUUCCAUAGAGUUUUUCCUGGUAUGUUGUUUUCCCUGUUAGCCACGUGGAUCAGUCUGUUUGACAACCAGAAUGGUACUGUCUAGCCUGAAAGGGUUCCUUUGUUGUCUUGGUCUUAUUUUUGCAUUGUCUUUUUAAAAUCUGUCUAUAAUUUAACCAUUUGUAUUCUAUAAAUAUUCUUAAAAAAGAAAAAAAUCUGCUUACACUGUGAUUUAUAGUAGCCUUUAAUUUAGAGUAUACAACACAAUCUAAUUUUCUUUUGGGAUAUGCAGCUUUCAAAAGUGUUCUUAUAUAUGCCCGGAAAUAAAAGUUGUCUAUUUAUCAUGAAAAUGUGAUUAGGUAGUUAUCUAUCCAGAGUCCCAGUGCAACUCUUUCAAAAGUGUGCUGGAUGGAUGAGUUAAUGAAAUUGCCUUUUAAUCUCUAUGGGUUAAUAAAUAUUUUUUUAUAACUAGCCACAGAUAUUCCUUUUUAAAUUAUACUUGGCAAACAGAAGAUAUUUAAUUUUAUAUACAAUAUACAUAGUUACCUUGAUUGACGUAUUUAUAACAUAGAGCUUUGAGUUUACUAUGAAGGUUUUAUCGUAUACCAUGGACUUCAUGGGUAGAAGUUUAAAAAAAAAAAGAAAAAAAGAAAAAUGCAGUUAGCAUAUAUCGAAGGAUAUGGAAACUAUCUUCAUAAAUUCAGAAAGAGGACAUCAGAGCAUUUCCAAAAGCAAUAGCCAGAUCUUAUUAACAGAGUAUCUGUUUUUUUCUUAUUUUUGACUGGGGCUGGUCCCUACAGCUAUUUUAGUAACAUCUGGAUGUGAGUAACUGAAUGAAAUACGACCAUCUGCCUCUUCUGACUGUCAAGGACUAUUGUCUAGAAUAUGGGAAAUUUCAGGGUAUUGUGUUUGUUUUGCUUUGGACAAAUGUCUCAAUAGACAUAUUUAGUUAAAACCUUCAUGCAUUUGAAAGAAAAUACCCUCUAUUAACUAGGCUGAUUUAUCACUUUUGGUAACCUUUUAAUCCCAAAAGUAUUAUAGUCUAAAUAUUUUAGUAAUGUUACAUUUAUCCAGAUGUCUACAGGUUAAAAUGGUUCUGGCUAGCACCCUUUUAUUACAACAAUUGCUACCUUCAUUUUCUACUGUUUAUACUUUAAUCUUGAAUGUUUAACAGUUUCUACUUGUUGGAUAUUGUGAAAGGAGACUGUAUCAUAUAGCAUUACAGUUCAUGCAGCUUUAACUCAUAUGUCAUGGUUCUAGAAUAAGGUGAUAUUUUGAUUUAUAUAUUGUGGCCAAUUAAUUGCAUUUUUAAAUGAUUUCUGUACUUAAGACACAACAUUUUUUAAAUAACAUUUUAAUAACAAAUGAUUAGCUCAUCAUUUUAUCUGUCUAGACUUACUCUCUUCUGUGUUAGUGUCAUUUGGAAUCUAUUUGUAUAUGUUGAAGUUUGUAAGGGUUCAGGAACCCACAAUAAAAUAGUAAAGUAUGUAUUUAUUUCUCAUUAUAAUGCUCAGUUUUGAUUUAAAAAGUUGACACUUUGUAUGUCUUUUCACAGAAUUGUAAAUGAAUACCGAAAAACUGCUUCACCUAGGGUGCCUUCCAUGUGUGGUAUAAACACUUGUCAUUCACAAAAAAAAAUAGAGAUGUAAAUUUAUUAAACCAGUAAACACUAUUUUUGUAAUGUGA